CAUAAGAUUUCACAAAUAGAAGAAAGUAAUCCGAUGAAUCUCUGUCAAGGAAUUUCUCUGACCAGGAUUAUCUAGCGCUCAAACUAGAUAUGGAAUGCAUUAAUCAUGUUUUGGAUAUUUUUUGAUUUAUUUUAUUGUGAUUUAUUCUUUAACUUAAAUAAUUUUAUAUUUUUAAUUUCUAUAUCAUAUCAUGAUACGGUAUUAAAUAUGCUUCAUUUUAUGAUUUCUCUGAUUUUCAGGCUAUAAAAACAGAGUAACCAUUCAUGUUCAAUAACUUAAUUACCAGAUCUCCAAAGAAAGAACAAAAUGAAAAACACAGACGCAAUCCUUGUGUUCCUAGCUUCUCUUGUUUUCUUGCUUCACUCUUCUUUUCCUCUUCACUUUGCUGAAGCUCAAGGUAAUGAAACUCCAUACACUUACAUAGAAGCAACAGGUAGAGGACCAUCAAGACGGGGCCAGCUUAACCCAGAGUUGCAAGCUUGUGGAAAUGGAAGAAUGCAGUCUCCUAUAGAUAUUCGUCUCCAAGAUGUAAAACUUGCACCUGCGCUAGGAGAUCUGCCAUUACAAUAUCAACCAGCUGCUGCCUCUAUCAAGAGCCUUGGACGUGUUAUUCAGGUUUCUUGGAAAGGGAAUGCUGGGAAUAUCAUUGUUAAUGGAGAUCGUUACGAUCUGAAACAAUGCCAUUGGCAUAUACCUACGGAGCAUGCAAUUGAAGGUAUAAGGUACGAUUUGGAGCUUCAUAUAGUCCAUCAAAACUCAGAUGGAGCAUUUGCUGUUGUUGCAAUUCUUUUCAAAUUAGGGCGACCUGAUCAAUUCCUUUCAAGGCUCUUGCCCUUCAUAAAAUCAGUUACAAAAGAAGAGAAGGAUUUGGGGAUUAUUAACCCAAGAGACAUUGGAUUUUGGAGCAGAAACUAUUUCAGAUACAAUGGCUCUCUAACCGCUCCUCCCUGCUCCGAAGGAGUUGUUUGGACAAUUUUUCAGGAGGUGAUUAUGGUUUCAGAGGAGCAAGUGAAUGCAUUGAGGGAUGCUGUUGAUAAUGAAUUUAAGAUGAAUGCAAGGCCUAUCCAAGCAUUGAAUGGAAGAUCAGUCUUUUUGUAUCAAGCUAUAUAGAUCGCUAUUCAUUUAUUAAGGAAAAUUUUUAUACAGAUUCUGACA